AUGGCUGAAAGAAGCGAAGGUAAAGUUCUAAAAUAAUUAUAGGGUUUUUCGUACUUUUAUAAUACGAGUUUAUAUGCACACACGGAGAAGUUUAAAACCUAACAAAUAAGUUUAUUAGCAAAUGCAAGCUAAAACUUAUGGGACAAUAUUAAAUUUUGCACGUUUAUUCAUUUGGUUAUUUACUGUAACUACAUAACGCCUAUUACACGAGACUGCAGACUUUAGGAAAAACUAAAAAAAUGUUUCUUCUUAAUUAUUAUAAAGCGCACAACAAUCACUUAAGAGUUAAGACGUAGAUAAUUUAGAAAUAUUAAUUUAAACUUUUUCUAGGGCUGCCCGAGAUCUCUUGUUAUAUACACGCGGUAUCACCCGUCAAGAAAUCAAAUGGGUCUUCGUAUAUUAAUUGCGAUCUUCAGACUGAGACACAAGUAGUAAGAGCUGUGUGCUUUGAAGUCGACAAAAAGCAAAGCUUGGAAUCUUUGGCUAAUCAAAAGUCACCAGUGAAGAUCAGGAAUUACACUAUUAGUAAAAAGUAUGGCCGAGAAGAUGUCGUUAUCACCAGGAAAACGAAUCUAAUCCCAACUGUUGUUCAUUACGAUUAUCAGGAAUUGGAUAAAAACAUAUCGAUCUCCACCAUAUCACACGUGGCAGGUGAACAACUUGUGCGUGUGAAAGGGGAAGUGCAGCAGCUUUCAAGUACAAAAACUGUUGUGUUUGACGAAGUCCCAGUAAAAAAACAACAAUGUUUCAUUGUUGACCCUUCUGGGUUUAUAAAGCUGGUGCUUUAUGGAAAACAUGCCGACACACUUGAGGAAGGGAUAUAG